AUGAAGCCCUGCGCGCGCCUGUCCGGCCUGUCCGGCCUCGCCGCACUCGUCGCGGGUGUCGUUGCCAUCAGCUUCCUCGCGACCCACGCCAGCGCCGCUGAAGAUGAUCCGUGUGCGAAGAAGGAUUGUGGGGAAGCUACCUGCACUAUUGAUGAAAGGUUUGGGGCCUUGUGCGUGUGCACGGGUGGUUAUGAAUUCGACGAAGUCCAAAAGACGUGUGUGGAUCCGUGUAUCACGACGGAUUGUGGGGAAGCUACCUGCAAAGUUGAUGUGGACUUUGGGGCCAAUUGUGUGUGCAACGAUGGUCUGGUGUUUGACGAAGUCCAGAGGACGUGUGUGGGCCCGUGUGCUGGUGGGGUGUGUGGGCUAGAUGCUUCCUGCACUGCUCUCACUUCUACCAACUUCCUUUGCGUUUGCAACAAGCAAGGUUACAGCUACAACGAGGCUUACCAGACGUGCUUUGCCCCGUUGGUGCGCACGACGGUGGCCCUGCAGGCGAGUGGCUUCGGCCUGGCGGGCGCCACCUUCCUGUCGCACCUGCCUGCCGAGCAGGCGAGUGCCAGUGGCAGCGGCGCGUGCGGCAACCUGGACGUCAUGCUCCAAGGCACCACCAAGAUCUCCGUCGUGUGGAAUGCCUCCAACCCCGCCUCGCAUAGCAACGACGCGCCCAGCAACGCCAUGUGCAAGAGCCUGUCGUUCUACGGCGAGUCGGACUGCAGAAAUAAGCUGGGGUUUACCAUCGCACGUCCUGCAAAGAAGGGCAGUUCCUACCCCGUCACGAAAAAGACUGUCAAAGGAAUCAAAUCGCUGCUAUCAGUUGGGUGUGAGAUCACCGUGUGUGAGAAGGAUUGUGGAAGUGCGCACUGCGUGGUGAAGGAGGGCCAGCAGCAGUGCCAGUGCGCCAGGGGCCUCGUGUUCAACGCCGCUAAGAAGCUCUGCCUCGUCCCCUCUCUUCCUCGUUAG